AUGCUGGAACAGGCACUCGCACACGCAGUCCCUUUGCAAUCUGAGAGGGAUAACUUGAUGCAGCAUACCCAAGCGAAGCACGAUACGCCCGAGGCACCCCGGCCUCCCAAACCAUUCAGUCAGGAUAUUGCCGAAGACACCCAACACCUUCGAGAAGGACGAAUCCUUCAAGACCCAGAUGGCACGGUGCGCUAUCUCGGCGAAUCUUCAGGAGCCACAUUCCUCAAUCACUUGCGAGAGUACAUGGCGACGGUUUUCCCACGGGCCUUCGAAAAUGCAUGGUCAAGUACCUCGAAUCCUGAUGUGACAGCUUUCAUCUCGGCGCUCGGGAAAUAUCAAACUCACGACAGUCGUCCUCUGCUAACGUCUACGGUCAACCCUCUCAUAUCGGCGACAAAUGAUGAAGCUGCGGCGAUGCUGUCGGAGUUUCGGCACUCGGCUCAGGAUGGUGAAGGUACUUUUGCUUCUGGUGGUAUCUAUUAUUGGGUCGAUGUCCAGGCUGUCCUGGGUGAAUAUCCAGCUUAUGUUGAUGGUGUGAGAACCAUCGAAGCGGCUCCUAAUGCUCUGUUCGCUGUUGCUUGUCAACUCAACCCGAGAUGCGCACCGCCCUGGGAAACCGGAUUUGGACAGGCGUUCUUCGCGAGAGCAAAAAGCAUAUUGGGGAAUCCUCUGGACGAAUCUACCAUUAACGAUGCAACUGUACUGGCACUUCUAGGAUUCUACCUGCUCAACAGCAACCGGCGUGAUGCUGCAUAUAUCUAUGUCAGCAUCGCAAUGCAUAUUCUCAUCGUCCAUGGAGUUCAUCGUGCCUGGUUGGUCGACGAGCAAGGUAAAAGGCUAUUUUGGACCGUCUAUAUCCUGGAUCGGUAA